UGCAUCAGGUGAAGCUGUUUGAGCCUCCGAACAAGCCCGACAGUAAACUCUGAACAGUUUUUGCCUCAGGAUGACUUCCUGCAUUUUUGCCCUCCUCUUCUUCACCUCCCUGUUUUCCUCCAUCGCUGCCAUCGAGCCGGCCGAUUUCAAACUGCGACUCACCGACAGAUCACUGAACAUGUUGAGGGAUCAAGCUGUGGCCAUUCUCCAGGAGCUGGUUAACAGACCUUUUGAGAGCUUUCAGCGCAGUAUCUGCACAAUCCAGCAGUUCACGUUCACUCAGCUGGUUGUCAAUCAAGCUGAUCUACGUUUCCGGGAAAACUCCGGUUUCCAGCUUGUGAUCCAGAACUUAGUCGUCACCGCCACCUUUGACCGACAGCUCGACCUGCAUAUUAUUCAGGACAGAGGAUCAUCUGUUUUUGAAGCUGGAGGUGUGAACGUCAACAUCGAAGUCAGUCUGAUCCGAACUGAACAAGGACAUCUGAGGGUGGCGAUACCAGACUGCCAGGCCUCUGCUGACAAAAUGCAACUGCUGUCCACUGGCACACUCAGCCUCGUGUGGAACAUAGUUCAGCCAUGUCUGCGCCACUUCUUCGGAGUUCUGUUCUGUCCUGCUGUGAACAGGUUUGGCCUGCCCAGAGUCAACCAGAUGCUGGACACCAUUCCCAUGAGUGCAGAGGUGUUCCCGGGCCUUGGUAUCAACCUCCUCUACUCUGUGACCAGAGAUGUCCAAGUGACAGCCACCACCCUCGAUCUGUCAUUCAAAGGUCUAGUGUACCAACAAGGUGAGGACAUUGCUGCAGUAAACACUGGUGUGGAUCCAGUCUUUAGUGAAACCAACCUGAUGGCCUACGUGGGUGUUUCUGAGUUUUUCCUCAACAAGAUCGCCACAUCCCUCUACAAUGCUGGGGCCUUGAAGAAGAAAUAUGAAGGGGUACCCUCAAGGUUUGCGAGGUCCGCUGUAAGAUUUCUGCAGUUUUUCAGGCAACCGUGGCAUCUGUUCAAUAAUCUGGCCACUGAAGUGGGACUCACUGAGUUGCCUGUCCUAACAAUCACUCAGCAUGAUGGACUGACCAUCAGGGUGAGAGUCAGAGUCCGAGCAGUGUCGACACCCGCCGCCAGGGAACCAAGCGUCAUCACCUCUGUGUCUGCGGUAACACACACACACACACACACUCUGCCCAAAAGCUUCAGUAUAAAUACUCGAUUAAGACUGCGGCCACACCACCAUUAGAAUCACUGUUUAUUUCAUCUUGA